AUGCAAUUCCAGCCGAGGUACAUGGAAAUCAUCCGUUUCUCCUAUGGUGUGGGCGGCCCGUUCAUCAAGGAGAACGGCCGUGGCGACGCUGACGACGUUCUGGUCGGUCUUCUGAGCGGCGGCAGCGGCUGCGGCGUGAACGGCUCCCCUGCCAUUUACUCGCGCGUGUCCUCCGCGGUUCCUUGGAUUAACACGGCCAUGAAGACCAAGUAA